AUGGAAUUUAUCAGCCACGCUUUGCCCAAGACGCCUCUGAUGACGUCAAGCGCACGGCUCUUGAUUCUAUUUACUCCUCUCUGGGAGAUUUUGAUUUUGAAUUAUGGACAGACGUUUCUUCAUCUCUCGCCGAACUCGCAUCUGGAUCCGCUGCACUAUUGUAUGGCUCCACCACGACAACUGAUCUCCCUGUGGAGGUCCAUCGUGCAGCAGCUGGCAGGCUCGCAUGCCCAUAUAGAGCAGAGUGCCUUGCCACUGAAGAUGGCAUUAGACAUCUCAUAUCUUUUGCCCGGAAACAUCCCAAUCGCCCACACGAAUCCUGGUGGCAACGGACUCCCUGUCGGCAACUGA